AAUUGUACAAUAUUAAUAUUAAUAUCGGUAAAUGGCUACAAUUGCUUCAUGGUUUUAAUACGCAUUUUCUUCUUUGAAUUAAAAUGUUACUUUCCGAAAUAAUGUUAAUGGCCGGGGAAGAGUUGCACCUCUGACUCUGACCCCAUUGCCAUUUUCUCUGUAUAGUCUAGAUCGCGAUCGGAGACGCUUGAUUUUGCGAAGAAGUGGAAUUUGUGUAAUUCGAAUAGGGGGAGGGUUUGUGAAUUCAUAGGAAAAUGGGGGUUAUGUCCAGGCGGGUUGUGCCCGUCUGUGGUAACCUCUGUGUGUUUUGUCCUUCUCUGCGAGCAAGAUCAAGGCAACCGGUGAAACGUUACAAGAAGUUGAUUGCUGAUAUCUUCCCGCGUAAUCAGGUUGCUGAGCCUAAUGAUAGGAUAAUUGGAAAGCUAUGUGAGUACGCUUCUAAGAAUCCAUUGAGAAUUCCCAAGAUUACUGAUAACUUGGAGCAAAGAUGUUACAAGGAUUUACGUAAUGAAAGCUUUGGUUCAGUGAAAGUGGUCUUGUGUAUAUACAGGAAAUUGCUAUCGACAUGUAAGGGACAGAUGCCUCUAUUUGCCAAUAGUUUAUUAGGGAUCAUCCAGACUCUUCUAGAGCAAACUCGAUCAGAUGAAAUGCAGAUCUUAGGUUGCAAUACUCUUGUAGAAUUUAUUGAUUGCCAGACAGAUGGUACAUACAUGUUCAACUUAGAGGGUUUUAUACCAAAACUAUGUCAAUUGGCUCAUGAAGUGGGAAAUAAUGAACAAACUCUGCAUCUACGUUCAGCUGGACUACAAGCUUUAUCCUAUAUGGUGCGGUACAUGGGCGAGCACUCACAUCUUUCAAUGGAUUUUGACAAAAUUAUAUCAGUGGUUUUGGAGAAUUACUUGGAUAUCCAAUCCAAAUCCAAUCUUGCCAAAGUAGAGAAACUGAAUUCACAAUCUCAGAACCAGUUGGCCCAAGGAUUUCCCAUAGAAGGAGACCGACUACAUUCUUUAUCUAAGAAGGAUCCUUCCUUACUCAAUAAUGUGACAAGAACCGAGACGGAGUCAAAGUUGGAUACUGCUAAAGAUCCUGCUUAUUGGUCAAAGGUUUGCUUGUAUAAUAUGGCAAAAUUGGCAAAGGAAGCUUCAACUGUGCGGCGUGUCCUUGAACCACUUUUUCAUAAUUUUGAUAUUGAUAACCACUGGUCUUCUGAAAAGGGAGUUGCUUCUUGUGUUUUGAUUUAUUUGCAAUCCCUUCUAGCAGAAUCAGGAGAUAACUCCCAUCUUCUACUAUCCAUUUUGGUCAAGCACUUGGAUCACAAGAAUGUUGCCAAGCAGCCUAUCCGUCAGAUUGAUAUUAUUAACACCACCACGCAGCUUGCACAAAAUGUGAAGCAGCAUACUUCAGUUGCAAUCGUUGGUGCAAUAUCUGACCUCAUUAAGCAUUUAAGGAGAUGCCUCCAAAAUUUAACUGAAGCAUCCAGCAUUGGAAAUGAUGCAUAUAGGUUGAAUACUGAACUUCAGUCUGCCUUAGAAAUGUGUAUAUUACAACUUUCAAGCAAGGUUGGAGAUGUAGGACCAAUUCUUGAUUUGAUGGCUGUGGCACUGGAGAAUAUCCCAAUUACUACCAUCAUAGCAAGAACAACAAUUUCUGCUGUCUAUCAAACAGCAAAAUUAAUCACUUCCAUCCCCAAUGUGUCAUAUCACAAUAAGGCUUUCCCUGAUGCCUUGUUUCAUCAAUUGCUCCUGGCCAUGGCUCAUCCUGACCGUGAAACACAAAUUGGAGCACAUAGUGUCUUCUCUAUGGUGCUUAUGCCAUCCAUGUUUUCUCCUUCGUUAGACCACAAAACAAAGAUUGCUCAGAAGGCACAGAAUGUCAGCUUCUCCACUCAGCAUGGAACUUUUUCUGGAGCUGAAAACUUGAAUGGAAAACUGGAAGAAGGAAAGGCAAUAGCCAGUGCCAAUGGGAAGAAAUAUGCAAUUCAUCCAUAUGGCAGUUACGGCUUUACUCCUGAGCUAGCUGAUAGAAAAGAUGAUCUAAGUUCUCUUAGGCUGAGCAGUCACCAAGUGAGUCUCUUGCUUUCUUCAAUCUGGGUUCAGGCAACAUCUGUGGAAAACGGUCCUGCAAAUUAUGAGGCAAUGGCGCACACCUAUAGCAUUGCUUUAUUAUUUACUCGUUCUAAGGCAUCGAGUUACAUGGCUUUAGUAAGAUGUUUCCAACUGGCAUUCUCCCUCAGGAGCAUCUCUUUGGACCAAGAAGGAGGUUUACAACCAUCUCGCAGGAGGUCCCUUUUUACCUUGGCUUCAUACAUGCUUCUAUUCUCUGCCAGGGCUGGCAAUGUCCCUGAUCUAAUUCCAAAAGUUAAAGCAUCACUGACAGUAGCAACAGUAGAUCCUUUUCUUGAAUUGGUCGAUGAUAUCCGGCUGCAGGCUGUCUGUAUAGAAUCAGAGAAAAUUUAUGGAUCUCAGGAAGAUGAGGUUGCUGCUGUGAAGUCUCUUUCAGCUGUAGAAUUGGAUGACAAGCAGUUGAAAGAGACUGUAAUAUCGUACUUUAUGACUAAAUUUACAAGAUUGCCUGAGGAUGAGUUGUCUAGCAUAAAGAAUCAACUUCUACAAGGUUUUUCCCCUGAUGAUGCAUAUCCAUCGGGACCACCAUUAUUUAUGGAGACACCAAGACCAUGUUCUCCACUUGCUCAGAUUGAGUUCCCAAAUUUUGUUGAGAUAAUGGCUCCGGAUGAUUUGAUGGAUGAAGAGACUGGACAUGAACAUAGUGGAAGUCAAUCAGAUUACAAAACAUCACUGUCAACCAACUAUCCUGAUGUUCUGAGUGUUAAUCAGCUCUUGGAUUCGGUUUUGGAAACUGCCCGGCAAGUUGCAAGUGUCUCCACUUCCUCAACUCCUUUACCUUAUGACCAAAUGAAGAACCAGUGCGAGGCACUUGUAACAGGCAAACAACAGAAGAUGUCAGUCAUUCAGAGUUUCAAGCAUCAACAGGAGGAGUGUAAGGCCAUAAUUCUUUCAAGUGAAAAUGAAGUAGAUGGUUUCCCUGUAUCUGUUAAGGCACUGGAAUAUUCAAAAGGUGAUUUGAAGUUAGUGACUCAGCAGCAAUUUCAAGCACGUUACAGUUCUCAUGACUCUGGGCAGCUACAUUCUUUGAGAUUACCACCUUCAAGCCCCUUUGAUAAAUUCUUGAGAGCUGCGGGAUGCUAAUGACACUAACUUGCAAUUGAUGCCAUUUUUUCAUUCUUUGCAAUUCUGGUAAAAUGUUUCUUUAGAUGGUUUCUACCUUUCAUGCCCGAAGUACGUGAAAUAUGCAGGAGAGUCAUUUUUAUUUAUUUUUUUUGUUGGGGGAGUUGGAUGUUUGCUUCCAGCAAAUGUAUGAUUUUGUCUAUAAAUUAUAGUAAUAUUUGUCAAUAUUUAAUUUUUUUUUGGGUGAAUAAAGGGUUUUGUUGGUA